GGGUGGAAUUAAAUCAUCGAAAUGACCGCGAGUUUCGUGCACCAGCGAGCAACUCCAUGAAAUCACCCGAAUCCAAUCUACCUGGUCAUGAUCGUAGAGCCGUCGCUAGCUUCAAGAUUCGGCGCUGGAUAUUUGCCGCCCGUUCCGACCCACCGGGUGGCCAGCUGGGCAAAUUUGUCCCACAUUCGACCUCCGAGCCCUGGCGACAACCGUCUUUGGCCGACCACCCCCGGUCACUAUCGCAAAGCUCCCCACGAAACCAGGAUCGGGACGUAGUCCUGUCGAAUAGGUUACCAGUCCCGACCAACUGGGCCCGUGAAUACCCAUAUUCCCGUUGUGCCCAGGGUUUUAGGAGGCCACCUCGUCAUUGCGAGGUCCUCUACUUACGCAGUGACAGGACGGGUCGUCUUGAAGGGUCUCUCUUGCACUAUUCACCACUCUACGGCUGGGAUACGUCAAGCCGACUAUGAUCUGAACGGGC